CAUUUAAAAAUAAUAUCUAAAUUUAUUUUUCUGAAAAUAAUAAGUAAGUCUCGAGUGUGAGUGGAUACCAAAAUUUUGAAUCAGAAGAACCUUAUCUCAUAGCCGAGGGAGUAAGUACACAGUAUGCUUAUGUGGGAGUAUUACCCUUAGAUUAUCCAAGGGGGUAAGUAUGCAGUAUGCUCCCCCGAGAACCUGGAUCCUGUUGGGAGCAUACUAGACCGGCAGAGAGGUUCACAGGGAGAAGGAGCGCAAGUUUCGCAGCUAAUACAUCUAUUUUGUCCCUCACGGAGGAAAUUUAAGGGAAAAGAAAGAAAAUAAAUUGGCGGCUUCUCGAACCCUAGAAUCUCUCUCUCGCACCAACCGUUGCAACCGAGCCCUCUCCUUCUCUCUCUAAGUCCCUGCUAAAUUCUUUCUCUUCCAAUAUUUUUCUUAUUCUUUUUUCCAUUGAUUCAAUUCUUAGGAUUAAUAUAUAUUGCGGAAUGCAAGGCUUCUGUUGACCCUGAAAGCUGAACGUUUGAGGCUCAAGUAACCGCGGAAACAGCCUCAAACGUCAAAAGAAGAUCAUGGAUGAUGGAUCAUAGAUACGAGGGGAAGUUUUCAUAGGUCAUAGAAGCGAUUUGCAGUUAGUGGGUUCAAGAAAUUUAUCUGGUUGUAGGAAGGGAGAAGGAGAUAUGGGGAUCAUAAAGAGCAGCUUCUCGUUCCUUGUGGGCACAAUGUGUGGUGUGUAUAUUGCUCAGAACUACAAUGUUCCAAACAUCGCAAAACUAAUGAACACUGGUAUUAUCAUGGCAAAGCAUAUUGAAGAAAUUUACAGGAAGCCCAAGAAGAGAGAUGAAGAUUAGUUCUACAUAGGGUUCCUUUCUCCCAAUUUCUUUUGUUUGGGGAUGACGGCUUCAAGUCAAUCUGCUUUUUUGCAAUAGUGGUCAACACAAUGGGUAUAAGUAUUGCAAUUUAGCCUAAUUUUGUUUCUCCCCAUGAUUCUGGAUAAAGAAAAAAUUGUUUCAGGGGAAUUUGGCUUUUUGACCAUUUAUUGAGAAUGUCUUUUUAACAUCUAAUUUUUUUAUCCGUGGAGGUGUUAUAUAUUUUUUGUUUUUCUAUUAUUCAUUGUUUUAUUUGGGAUUAAUUGGAUAUGAUGCUAGUGUGUUUUCUUUUAUCAUUGUAAAUCUGGCGAUUUUUUCUAAUCACCAGUUUCUGAAACUUGACAAGAUUAUUGAU